GAAAUGGCGAGGCCUAAUUCUCCAUGCUGUUAGCACACAUGGAAUAAUGCCUGCUGUUAGCUUGGGCUUUAGCUAGCGUCAAUACAAAACAAAUCACUAACAGUGCAUAUUAUGUCCUGCAUGCUGUCUGAGAGGCAAUAACGUAAAGAAGCUGCACUAUUGGGGAGAACUGCAGGCAGAAUGAGCUCGCUGUUGGUUGACUGAAGCGGCGAGCGCUGUAACUUUAUCCGCGUUUAAAUCCGCUGCUGUGUUUCCUGUAGUGUGACAGUGCUUUCAGAUCAGCAGAUAUGUCAGGAAUUAAACGGAAACUGGAGGAUAAAGAUCCAGACUAUGAGGACAUCACCCAAGUGCAGGAGAGCAAGAGGAGCAAAGUACUUGAACAGAAUGCGCGUGAUGCCACAAUACAGAAGAUCGAAGCGAUCAUCAGAGACCAGUUUGCCCUGGAGAUGAAGAACAAGGAACAUGAGAUCGAGAUCAUUGGCCAGCGUCUGAAUGAGGCCAGGAGGAUGAUGGACAAGCUGAGAGCCUGCAUCGUGGCCAGUUACUACACCAGCGCUGGCCUGACCAAAGUUUCUGAGUCCUCAAUGAGUGAUUUGAAUCAUCCAGCUAUCAAGCGCUUCCUGGAGUCCCCGUCCCGCUCGUCGUCCCCUUUAAACCAGGGUUCUGAGGCACACUCUGUAGGCCACUCGGAGACAGAGUCCCUGAUCCAGCUGACAGAGCCAGGAGAGAGAGACAGUCAGGGCUGGAAAGAGGAAGAGCUGAGGCAGCUGGAGCGCAGACCGGGACGCAAUACAGGCAAGGACACGUUUGGUGUGCCAUCAUCUGUAGACCAGCAUGUCACAUUCCACACUACAGGAGAGGAGGCAUCACGACUCUAUGUGAAGAAAACCAUUGUUGUGGGCAACGUGUCAAAGUACAUAGCUCCUGAUAAAAGAGAAGAAAAUGACCAGUCCACUCAUAAGUGGAUGGUGUAUGUCCGAGGUUCACGGAAGGAGCCCAGCAUCGACCACUUUGUGAAGAAGGUUUGGUUUUUCCUGCACCCCAGCUAUAAACCCAAUGACCUGGUGGAGGUCAGUGAACCCCCAUUUCACCUGACACGGCGGGGCUGGGGUGAGUUUCCUGUGCGAGUACAGAUCCACUUUAAAGACCAGCGGAACAAACGUAUUGAUAUCAUCCAUAAUCUGAAGCUGGACAGGACAUACACAGGACUGCAGACUCUUGGAGCAGAGACGGUGGUGGAUGUUGAGUUACACAGAAACUCCCUGGGUGAGGACUUCAUCCCCUUCCCUUCUACCUUCUCCUCAUCAUCAUCUUCCUCCUCUCACCUGGCAAGUGCAGCUGCCCCUGGCGCAUUGGCUGGAAAAUCUGCAAGUCAAAAUUCCCAGAAUUCCUGUCGUGCGGUGUCACCCUCUCAGCUGUCUCCUGACUCUGACUCAGAGAAAGGUGUGAAGAGCGAGUCGGUGCGAUUGUCAUGUUCUGAGCGAACUGGGUCACAGGCCAAAGGUGUGGAAAAAAUCACCCAGGGCUCUCAUAGCAGUUCAGCAUUUCAGCCAAUCACAGCCAGCUGCAAGAUCAUGCCUCAGGGACAGGCACCCAGUCCUGCCGAGUCACCUGGGAAAUCCUUUCAGCCAAUCACCAUGAGCUGCAAGAUUGUAUCUGGCUCCCCUAUUUCCACCCCUAGUCACUCUCCCUUGUCUAGAACACCCACCUCCACCCCUGUACACAUGAAGGCCAGCUCAUCUGUCAACAACCCUUACCUCAUUGCUGACAAGCCAGGUCAGGUGAUCAGCAUGACCACAUCCACUACAGGAAGUCCAUCAGCCAAACAGAGUGGCGCUGCACAGGGUGCACGCUCACCUGCUCCCAAAGUCCACUCAAGCAGCUUCCUCUCAUCUGGAGUCAAGGUGAUCAUUAAGCAGGAGCCAGGAGAAGUAACCUCUCAGACAUCCUCACAGCAGCAGGCUGGAACCACAGCACCGGCGCAGCAGCAGCAGCAGUAUGUGACUGUGAAAGGGUUUGCUGUGUCACCCCAGAAGAGUGGGGUGGGGUCAGGAGGUGGAGCCACGCCUACCAAGAUGGUGGGGAUUCCAGUUGGCUCUGCCCUGCAGUCUGCAGUAAAGCAGGUAGCCAUCAGCAGUGGUCAAAUCCUUGUUGCUAAGUCCAGCCCUGCUGUCUCCAAGGUAAUGGGACAGAAGCAGGUGCUGGCGCAAGGUGUGGCCAAGGCAAUUGUCAGUGGGGGCGGAACAGGUACCGGCAGUGGGGUGUCUGUACAACAGGUGCACACCGGUGCCAAAUCAACAGGAGGAUCAGGAGGCAGUGGCAAGAGUGGAGUAAUGGCAACACUGCAGUUGCCGGUGAAUAACUUGGCUAAUUUGGCUAACCUACCUCCGGGCACCAAGCUGUACCUGACCACGAACAGCAAGAACCCGUCAGGCAAGGGCAAACUCCUGCUCAUCCCACAGGGAGCCAUCCUGAGAGCCUCAAAUAGUGCAGGGCACCAGUCUCAGAGUUCUUCAUCUGGUUCUGCUCAGUCAUCCGGCAGCAGCUCUGGAUCCAGCAGCCUGCCCACCAGCCUGUCCUGCACCUCUUACAUACUGAAACAGACCCCACAGGGCACAUUUCUGGUAGGCCAGCCAGGGGGUUCUGGGAAACAGGGCACGGCCAGUUCCACGGGUCAUGCCGCAUCUAGUCCCACCUCUGUUACCCAGCAGGCCAUUCGGGUUACAGCAGGGCAGAAGGCGGCCAUCUUGGCUCAGGUGGUUGGCGGCUCCCAGGGCUCUCAGGUAAAGCUGUCUGACGGAUCGGUGAAGACAGUGACAGCUGCACACCUGUCCAAACCAGGCAGUACCACAUUGAGGAUGACUGGGGGGAUCAUCACAGCCACUACUUCAAGUUCACCUGCUGCUACCUCCAGUUCUCAGCAGUCAGCAGAGGGAGCCGGAAUGUCCUCUGCUUCCUCAGGUACUAAAGCAGCUGCACAGCAUUCUGUACUGAUGGCAGCCAAUCAGGCUGCAGUAAUCAGUGCCGCUAAGAGUGCUAGCUCAACAGCUAAUGUAGCAAAAAACACCGGCGCUGUUGUAACAGUGUCUAAAAGCAUCAACAUGCCGCUCAUCAGCCUGUCAAAGGGGGCAGGGACAGCGGUGGUGAGUGUGCCCAAGAGUGCCAGUCCAUCAUUGGUCAGUGCCGCAUCUCUAGUGGGAGGAGCGACAGUCAGUGGGAAGACGGCAGCUGCAAUUUCAGGCAUGUUAAAGCUGCACUCUGGGCAGUCUGGCUCACAACAGACAGUACUGACGAUUCCGGCUAACCAGCUUAAGCAGCUCAGCAUCGGUGGGGCCUCCACAGGCCUCCAGACCAUCCUAAUGCCUGUGGGAAAAGUAGUGCAGUCUGGUUCUAAAGCUGCAUCCAGUGCUCAGAGUGGAGUUUCUCCUUCUACCACUGCACCUCUAGCUCAAGUGAAAACAGAACCUGGAUUGUCCAGCUCCUGCACUACCCCAGUAACGCCCACGUCUACCCCUUUACCUGCAGUAUCUACCCCCCUGCCCACAGCCACCUCUGCUACUGUUAAAGUGGAACAAGGCACAGAGACCACUACACAUGAACUCAUUAAUACGGAACAUAUUGAAACCAUGUUGCAACUUUUGACGGCUUCAGUGAAGAAAUUUCCUUUGAUUGUCCAAGAAAAAAAUGAAGAUUCCCACCCGUUCUGUGCUACCUCUGUGGAGCAGUACUAUUCUUGGAACAUCGGAAAACGCAGAGCCGCAGAGCUCCAGAGGGCAGUAGCAGUGAAGCGUCUGGUUCAGGAUAUUUUAGACCGUAACCCACGACUGCAGGCCCUCAGCCCCCCUAAGACCAGAGAAGUGGUGCAGUGGUGCCGCCUCCGUGGUUACACACCCCCUGACCCUGAACCCCAGCGCAUAGAGGAGGACUCCAUAGAAGACAUUCUCACACAGAUAGACAGUGAGCCAGAGUGUCCCUCUACUCUGACGGAUGGUGAGGAACUGUGUCAGCGUCUAGAGCAGUUGCAGAGGAUUCUGAAGACUGAGCCAGAAGAGGAAGACACAGAGCCUGUCGACAUCAUUGCUGUCAAAGAGGCCCGCAGCAGCAGGGUCAAGGUCAAGCAGGAGCAGGAGGAGGCAGAGGAGGAGCCCAAGUACUUCCUGGGGUUAUGUCCCUCCUCCCAGUUUAUCAGAGACACAGCAGAGCAGAUUGGUGUGAGUUUCCAGCCAGCUGAAGUUGAGAGGAAUGUCUUUGCUCCAGUAGUGGAAGCCAUGAUUCUCAAGGCUACACAGCAGUUUGCCAGCGAGAUACUGAGAGAAUCACUAGCAAACGCCUAUGGGAAGUCACCUCAAAACAGAGUUCCUAGAGAAAUCUCAGGCAUGAAUAUACACCAGGCUGUCAGUUCGAUUCCCACCUGCGAUUUCCUCACUAACAGGUACAUGGGCUUCCUGCUGAAGGACGGUGGCCAUGCAGACUGAAAGUGGAAUUGGACUGCCGGCGCUGCUACAAUAAACUACACAUGCACAGAUUACUGGCAUUCCUUCUGUUACCUUUCAGCAGUGAAUAAGAGCGAAAUGUACAGAGGCUGACCAGUCAGACACAGGCGUCACAUUAAUAGCAGAGGUACAACCUGAAGACGUGUUUGGAUGGAGAGAACGUGUUGUGUUGAACUCUCUGAUGGUUUACCAUCGGAACAACAGUUAUCAACACAUGGACAUCACUGACGAGUUUAACGAGAUCAUACCUUUAGGUUCUGGGCCUGUUCAAACCAUCUUUCUCUAUGUUUCAGUAUUUUGUUUGGCUUUCGUCAUGAUGAGAGCAUCACAGUCAGACCUGUAUUACACUUGGUAACACUAUCACAGCUCUGUAUUGCAUCUGGUCCUGUGUGACUGUUACUGUGCUUGUAGGGCUGUUAGAUCUACACUAGCACCUAUAUACAAGGAGGGAGAAAAAAAACCUAAAAGUGUAAAUUGGGUAGACUGAGUGAAAAAGCAGAGGCACUCAAUAUACACUCCUUGGGCUUGCUGUGUAUGUCUGUUAGUUAUUCUCAUAGUUAUACUCAUCUUCAUUUCACUGUUUUCUAUACAGACUGUUUUAGUGCAUUUCUGAGUAAAGACUGCAUAGUAGCAAUACUAGUGAUACAGAAUGGUUAUGGUAGCGGUAUCACUGAUAUACUUGCGUAUUCACUGGUCUUAAUCUGUAGGUUACUGUUGUUGUAGGAGACCCAACAGUUAACCAGAAAACUCCAGUAAUCACAUGAUGGGUUGUGAAGUCUCUACCAUUCACUGUUUCUUUUCGGAGCACUCUGAAAACAGCUGACAUUAGAAUGUUGUUGUUUGUGGGAGAAUGCUGGUUGGGUGUGCAUUUUGUGUAUUUGUUGUGGUCUAUAAAGUCUAGACCAUCUGCAGACUAAGACAUUGCAGGAUGUGUGUUUGUGAGCUGAUAAAAUACACAGUGAAAAGAAAAUUCCAGUGUUGUGAAAAUGUAUUUUGUAACAUUUGCUGGAGCAUUUGUUUUGUUAUGAAGAUGGCUGGUGCUUGAUGUAGACUUGCUGAAGUCUUAAUAUUCAGGUGCUUGUAUGUCAUUGUAUAAACAAGCCUUUCUCACACUUGGUCCUAGUGUAUCUCUGCAUUGUAUGGUUUUGUGUGCUCAAACACUUUAUCAAACUUGUUAGUUACUUGUUAGUUACUAAGCCAUGUUAAAGCUGAAUCAGCUGUGCUGGAGAUGGAACAAAGCUAAAUGCAGCAGUUGUCUUUCUAACACCAGAAUGGCAGUUAUGUGUUCAGGAGGAAAGUUUCUGGAUCCAAAUGGCUUCAUGCAGAAGAGUGCAGUGUAGUUAGAAAUUUAAAGUGAUUCUACAACUAAUUUGACAAUUAAUGGACUCAGACUUACCUGGUGAUUUCUCUUGGUUUUCAUUCCAUUUUUGUUAGCUUAAAUAGCAUUUUAGUCUAAGCUGUUAGUCAUCAUUAGAGUUGUCUGUUGUCUGUCUGUCUGAUACAGUUGAGUGCAAAUUUGCAUAGCUUUAGGACAAAACUAAGAAAAAAAGAAUGACGUGAAAAACAAUAUGAUCUCAGUUCAGAAUUUUGCAGCUCUCUUUCUCAAUGUGAUAAAAAUAUUUUGUAAGAACCUCUGUACCCACCCACCUUUAAAACUACCUCCAAUCUCUCAUAUCCUCUAACAGGCUUUUGGAUUGUCUUAGUUGUAAUAUAUACCCCACCACUCUUCCUGUCAUUUCUAUUCUAACUUUGCUGCUUUGCUCAUUCUUCUCGACACAUCCGUUAUAAACUCUACCACAUGUCAGACACUGCCUUCUUCAGAUCAGGUGUGUACACUGUGAGGAUCAUGGCAAAAUGUACACUUGGUUCUUUUCAGGUUUUCUGUUGAUUGUUGUCUUGUUGCAGGAUACAGUCAUUUCACUUUUUAACAUUUUGCACUCGACUAUAUCAUUUUCUACAUUGUGAUCAAUGUAGAAGUAAUGAACCAGCAAUGCGUCUGUCCAGUGUGUCUGUGUAUUUGUAAAAGUAAAUGUAUGUCUAAUUGUUUGAGUGUGUGGGUGCCAAGGUUAGUUUGCUCUGUGACAGUUGUAUAUUUUUGUGUAUGCACGUGCUCUGUGCACAAACAGACUUAACUAAACAGCCAUUACCUGUUUAACCAAUCUUAAUGUAUUGUAGACAUACAUGACCAAUUAUAUUUUGCCUUGUAAUGUAACUAAAAUAAUGACUAUUCUUGUAUUAAAAUGGUAGAUAUGCCACUAAAAGUU